AGAAAUUAACGAUUUAGUAAAUCAAGGAAUUUUAAUAAAAGUCAAUCGCAGUGAAUGGGCUACACCAAUAGUACCCGUAAAAAAAUCAGGAAACCGUGUACGAUUGUGUGGAGAUUAUAAAUUAACGGUGAACAAAAACUUGGUAAUAGACGAGUUUCCUUUGCCCACAAUAGAGGAGCUUUUUGCUAACAUGGCUGGGGGAGAAAAAUUCUCGAAAAUAGAUUUAGCGCAGGCAUAUUUACAGAUGACAGUUAAACCUGAACAUCAGGAAUUUUUAACACUGAACACUCACAUGGGACUAUUCAGACCAACACGGUUAAUGUACGGGGUUGCUUCUGCCCCAGCCAUAUUCCAAAGAGAAAUCACACAGAUUCUCCAAGGAAUUCCAGGCGUUUCUGUAUUUUUAGAUGAUGUUAAAAUAACAGCUCCUGAUGACAAGACCCAUGUGGAAAGACUGCGCACUGUUUUAAAACGAUUUCAAGACCAUAAUAUGAGAGUGAAUGAAAGCAAAUGUAAUUUCCUUGCAGAUUGCAUAGAAUACUGUGGAUACAGGAUCGACAAGUACGGUAUUCACAAAAUGAAGGAGAAAAUUACUGCCAUUCAACUAAUGCCAAAACCAAGGAACAAAGAUGAGGUUGCCAGGACGCAUUUGAAUGGAUCAAAAAGGAAAUGCAAUCUGAACGGAUCUUGGUACACUACGAUCCUAGCUUACCAAUAGCUCUAGCAGUAGAUGCUUCGCCCUACGGAGUUGGCGCCGUUUUAAGUCACAUCUAUCCAGAUGGCAAAGAAUAUCCAAUUCAAUACGCAUCUCAAACACUAUCACCAACCCAACAAAGAUAUACUCAGGUGGAUAAAGAAGCAUAUGCGAUUAUUUUCGGAGUUAAAAAGUUUUACCGAUAUCUUUAUGGAAGAAAAUUUAUCUUAAUAACCGAUAACAAGCCAGUUUCUCAAAUUCUAUCACCACAGAAAGGUUUGCCAACGCUAUCAGCAACUCGCAUGCAACAUUACGCUGUAUUUCUAGAAUCAUUCAAUUUUGAGAUUAGAUAUCGACCAUCAAAAGAACACGGAAAUGCUGACGGAAUGUCACGAUUGCCAAUCCGAGACAUUCAGCUGGAGGAUACAGAAGAACCCGAUGAAAUUGAACUAAAUCAAAUAGAAAAUCUUCCCGUAUCAGUAGAAGAACUUAGUAAAGAGACUAGCAAAGACAUAAAUGUUCAAUUACUAAUAGACGGAUUAAAUUCAGGGAAAACAGUAUCCAUUAACGAUCGUUUUGGAAUCGACCAGACACAAUUUUCUCUUCAAAAGGGAUGUCUUAUGAGAGGCGCUAGGGUCUACGUUCCACCUCAAUUACGAAAUCGAGUCUUAGACGAACUUCAUGAAGGCCAUUUCGGCAUAUCACGCAUGAAAUCUCUUGCUAGAUCUUAUUGUUGGUGGAAAAAUAUGGAUAACGACAUAGAAAGAUUAUCAAAAAACUGUGUUUCUUGUGCAAAAGUAAGAAAAGAUCCUCCUAAAGUACCAACUCAUGUAUGGAAGCGUCCACAAUCAGUUUUUGAAAGAGUACAUGCGGAUUACGCUGGGCCAUUUAUGGGUAUAUAUUUUCUUAUUCUAGUAGAUGCGUACAGCAAAUGGCCUGAAGUAAAAAUAACACCGGAUAUGAAUACAGACACUACUAUAGACAAAAUGCGAGAAAUUUUUGCCACUUUUGGCUUGCCAUCAAUUUUAGUGACCGAUAGAGGUACACAAUUCAUGUCAGAAAAAUUCCAAACAUUCUUAAAAUCUAACGGAAUAACCCAUAAAACAGGAGCUCCUUACCAUCCCGCAACAAAUGGUCAGGCAGAAAGAUAUGUACAAACAAUUAAAGAUAAAAUUAAAACUAUGCAAUGCCAUAAAUCUGAAAUUCCAAAAAAGUUACAAAACAUACUGCUAGCGUACAGGAAAACAACUCAUCCAAGCACAGGGGAAAGUCCCUCGCGGUUAAUGAUAAACAGACAGAUACGGUCUCGGCUUGAUGUUAUGGUACCAAAAAUCGAAAAGAAAUCCAAUCCCGAAGUAGUACACAAAACGACAAGAUCAUUUGCAGUAAACAAAAGAGUAGCAGCAAGAGAUUUCUUUUCCCAGACCGAAAAGUGGAAAUUUGGAACGAUUACAAAGAAGCUAGGAAAACUGCAUUACGAAAUACGAUUAGACGAUGGAAGGAUGUGGAAAAGGCACAUAAACCAAAUGAGAUCUGGUCCUGAAGAAAUAUCAAUCCACCAUAGUAGUAACCAAAACAUAGAACCUUGGAUAGAUGAAUCAGUUUAUCUGCCAGAUAGGAUGGAAGAGUUUCAACUCCCUCAUGAUUCAGAAACGGAGAUGGUUAGAUCUGAUAAUAUCAAUGAAGAUUUAGCUUGUGGAGAAGAAUCUCAAACUCAAGUUAGGAGAUCAACAAGAACUCGACAACCACCAAUUCGAUACCGUGAUUAGGGAUUAUUACUUUAAUUUAGAAUAUAAAUAUGAAUUGUCUUUCACACUUUAGCAAGUAAUCACUUUAUAUUGUUAGGAGGAGAGAGUUGUCAUAUACGUCUGACAGCUGUCCAUCGACAGAAACUGCUAGUUGGGUAGCAAACAGCUGUCAGUGAGAAUAAACGGCACUCUGUGUCUGAACUACGAACGAAA